ACUUUGGACUACAAAAAAAUCUACUCAAUGAUGCAACAUCCAGCUUCGGUCUUUGACGGGCGACUGAUUCUGGAUCAAAGUCAGCUGCGUUCUUACGGAUUUCGAACGUUUGCCAUCGGUUCCGCACCCGAUCACGCCAAUAAUAUAUUCGGUGGUGGUAGCACAGCUUUUGCUAACAAAUCUUAA